AUGUGCAAAGAAGUGUGUGUUGAGCCGCCAAAGCAAGGUCGCUGCUAUUUGCGGAAGAAUGAGGGACCAUUGCGCUGCGAUUCGCCAACAGCUCGUUAUUACUACGAUCACAACACAAAAAAGUGCGAGGCUUUCUGGUGGAGAGGUUGUUUGGGAAAUGCGAACAAUUUCCAGAGUUGGGAGGAGUGUUCGACAUUCUGCAAAGAUGUUGGACCAUUGCCGGUUGAGACGACCACCGAAGCGCCAAGGACUCCGGAGCCACAGAUCGAAGUUUUGCCUCAAACAGCCACCGAGGCUCCUCAACAACCCCAGCAACAACCAGUCGUUCAACCGCCACGAGUUUCUGGACUCGAGGCUCGCCCAGCUCCCCAGCAUCCAGCUACCAAUGAAACGCCGUUGGAUGAGGUGAGAGACCCAAGGAGGGAUCCAAUUCAUCCGGAUCACCGAAAAUUCCAAGAUGAUCUAUUGAAAGCGCAUGAAGAAAGACAUCGAAAAAUCCUCGAAGCGCGCAGAGAAGCGGCGAAAUUGAGGGGAAAUCAAGAGAGGAGAGGGUCAAGACCAGCUGCUGAUGAGGAAUUGUUGACAAGGGAUAGAGAACAACAACAUCCUCGACAGCCUCAACAGCCUCAACAAUCCCAGCAACGACCAGUCGAGGCCCGACAGCAGCCAAAUGAUUUGCCUAGACAUUAUCAACAUCAA